AUGUUUUUGCAGCUGUUCGAGGAAUUGCAGCGGCUGGUAAGUCAAUUAAAACGGCAAUUGGCUUCACUGCUGUGGCUGUCAUUGCCACGACACUUUUACGGCUUCCGGCCAUUGGACGGCACACGCGGCGCCAUCAGCCGUGCCAGCCAUCAGCGCUGUGGUCGCGCACCGCGUCGCCAAUUGGUCAUGGACUACAUAUUCGAGUGCUUCUUCAAUGACACCUUCGAGCACAUCACGCGCAACGGGCUGCAGGAUCGGCAAUCGCGCCGCGACAUUCUCGAUCACCUCAGCGCCAUCAUCAAGGGAUGCAGCGAGGGGCAGAAUGUGCACACCGAGGAGGUAGCCAGCUUGGCUGUGGUCGCCGCUAUGCGAUAUCAUCAGCUGGCCAAGGAUGGCAAUGGGAAGGUCUGCCUCAUGGGGAAGUAUCACAACAUUUUGUAUAUUGCUUUGCGCACCUGUUGGGAUUGGGGCGUGCGCGACUCUGAGGUGGUCGUUCAACUGUUGGUUGCGAUUUACCAGUGCGAAAAGACGUUCGAGCGCAUCUUUCUGGGUGCGCUGUUUGGUCCACAUGCGCCACACUUUAUAGCUGGCUGGCGCAGCGAUUUUCGGGAUCAGCACGAGAAUGUGCGGGCCAUGGUCUACUUUCUGAAGCAUGCAACACGCGAACAACUCAUGUUGCCCGUGUGGAUACCACGCUUCGAGCAGGAACGCCAACUAAGAUUCAUUGAUGUGCCAAUCGAGUCCUGCGGCUGCUCGUCACCUUUACGCAUUGCACUGCAAGCGAAUGCGCCAGAAUUGCUGCUAAUAUUGCUCAGAUAUGGUGCCGCACCACAACCGCCCGAUGGAGGCACCUCCGUGAUUAUUGCACUGCUCGACAAACUCAUCGAGAAUGGACGCAAUUAUAGCUAUGAACUGGUGCUUUGCCUCAAGAUACUGCUGCGAAAUGUGGCCAUGAUUGAGAUGCCAUUCAAGCCAAUUGUGUAUGCAUCACGACGUGAAAUGUUUUUCGAGCGGUACGGACGUCUCUUAAUGGACAAAAUUAUUGGCAAGGAACAGGUCUAUGGCGUGCCCACCUUGCGUCAUUUGUGCCGCUGUCGCAUUCGUGACAUACUGCGAGAGCAUAAUCAGCUACCGAAUGGGAUCGAUACACUUAGAUUACCCAAACGCCUGCAGCGCUAUAUUGACCUCACUGAAGAGCUUGAAGGACCCGAAUUGCAGCAUCAGCAAGAGCAGCAGCAUCAUCAGCAGCAGCAGCCGCAGUCAUUAGAGAAACCCAUGCAGAGGCUGACAAAUGCGAUGCAGAGACUCGAGACGAUAAGCGGCGGUGGGAGCGAGAGCGAGAGUGAGAGCGAGGAUGAGAGCGAGAAUCAUGUGCAGUUGCUGGAGGCGGUCACAGAUGCUGAAAAGGCAGCUGUCGCAGCCUUUGUGGAAACCGGCAAUGGCACCAUAACCGAGGAAGCCAAACAGGCAGCUAUAGCUGCGUAUAUGCUGGCCAAUGAAACGUCGAACGAUGACUACAAUCCGCAGGAACAUUCGAACCCCUUUGAACUUAGUUAGCUAUUAAGUAUUACACACUCACCGAUAGGUCUCCUCGCUGAUGUUGAUGCGACCGGGCACACCGGUGGUCUCAGUGCGACUCGUUAGAUUCACAGUGUUGCCAAAGAGGCAAUAGCGUGGCACUCGAUUGCCAAUGACGCCGGUGACCACCUCGCCCGAGUGGAUGCCGAUG